AUGAAUACCUGCUGGUUCCGCCUCAGCCGCCGUGGGAGGACUGCUUGCCACUCCCAGCUCCACCAGCAGAGGGACACAGGGUACGAGGGAGAAGUGGAGCUCCCGCUGCCGCCUCCAUGGCCAGGGGCUCCCCUCCCGAGUUCGCCUUCCGAGGGUCCGCUGCGGCUGCCGUCGCCUUCCGAGGGUCCGCUGCUGCUGCCGUCGCCUUCCGAGGGUCCGCUGCUGCUGCCGUCGCCUUCCGAGGGUCCGCUGCUGCUGCCGUCGCCUUCCGAGGGUCCGCUGCUGCUGCCGUCGCCUUCCGAGGGUCCGCUGCUGCUGCCGUCGCCUUCCGAGGGUCCGCUGCUGCUGCCGUCGCCUGGGGUCGCCAGGGAUCCUGCUUCGCCUGGGGUCGUCGAGGGUCCGGCUUUGCCUGGGGUCGCCAGGGAUCCUGCUUCGCCUGGGGUCGCUACACGAUGGCCGGAGCUCCAUGAAAGGGAGCUGCCAGAAAUGAAGAAAGGGGGGGAGGUCAGGAGACCAGCUCCCCCAGCCGCACUUUCGCGGCUGGAGAUCAUGUGGUCGGAGCCCCACGGAGGGGAACUGCCGGCCAUGAAGAAGGGGGGAGAGGUCAGGAGACCAGCUCCCCCAGCCGCACUUUCGCGGCAGGAUAGAGUGUGGCGGGAGCCCCGGAAGAGGGAACUGCCGGCCACGAAGAAUGGGGGGGUGCCAGAGAUUCCACCAUGGCCACCCCCCAGAAGUAACUUGCUUCCCCCUCUUCCGGGACUUUAAGACUGAGGGGGGAGGUGGCCAUUGGGGCCAUGUGUGCUGCGCACAAGGGGGGGCAUGUGUGGCGGAGUGUCCCGCCCCUAUUUAUUAUUAUUUGUAUUUUUGUUUGCGGCGCGGGUAAAAGCGCCGCGUCUUUUAUUAUUAUUUAAAAACCCCGUGAGGAUGCAUGGCUGAUCAGCUACUGAUUACUUAAAUAGCUGACAGUCAUGCAUCCUUACCAAACGCGUGCAGACUCUGGCCGGGGGAUAAUAAGAUAAUUACCAACUAGUUAAUCCCUCGGCCAGAGUAUAUAAACCUGCAGCUCUCUGCACUUGAUGUUGGGGUGUUGGAGUAGAGAGUACGGGGAGCGGAGAGAAGGAUAAUAUUUAAAAAACAAUUGCUAA